GCUUCUUGCACAGCAGCAUGUUGAGCUCGCUGCGUACUCCUAGCCGUGUUCAGGCGGGCAAAUGCACUGGUCGCGCGCAGCGCGCCAGAGUCGUCGUGGUCCGGGCCUCGGAGAAACGCGCGCUGGCGGAGGGUGACCUGGUCCUGGUCGCUGGCGCUACUGGAGGUGUGGGGCAACUAGUGACGGCAAAGCUGCUAGAGAGGGGCUUCCGGGUUCGCGCUCUGGACCGCGGCCGGCAGAACCGCAGCCGCGCCGCGCAGCUCUUCCCGGGCAGCAACAUCGAGGUGUUCCCAGCCGACCUGCGCGACCCCUCCACCCUGGGCGGUCUAGCGGAGGGGGUGGCGGCGGUGUGUUGCUGCACGGGAACCACCGCUUUCCCCUCAUCCAGGUGGGAGGGCGAGAACGGCCCCCGCAACACCGACCUGGUGGGCACCCACAACCUGGUGGACGCAGCCCGGCAGCAGGCGCCCGGGGCCCGCUUCGUGCUGGUCACCAGUGUGGGGGUGGAGCGAUUCCGGGACUUCCCAUACAACACACUCAACCUGUUCGGUGUGCUGGACUACAAGCGCCAGUCCGAGCUCCACCUCGCCGCCUCCGGCCUGCCGUACACCGUCAUCCGCCCCGGCCGCCUGACGGACGGGCCCUACACCUCCUUCGACCUCAACACGCUGCUGCAGGCCACCUCGGGCAGCCGGCAGCAGGUGCAGCUGUCGGCACGGGACGACCAGCGGGGGGAGGCGUCGCGCAUCGCUGUGGCAGAGGCCGUGGUUCAGAGCCUGCUGCUUCCCUCCACCACCAACCGCUUCUUCAGCCUGUGCAGCACCGAGGGCGAGGGACCCGGCAAGGACAGCGACAAGUGGGAGCAGCUCUUCAAUGCCUGCUACCCGGCGGAGGUAGGGGCGGCGGUGUGAGGGCCGAGCAAGCCGUGCGUUUAUAGAAAACCGGCCGCGAGUCGGAACCGCAUGCGAGCGCUGUCUUAAGGGGACAUGGGCCGGCGCCAGGGGGGCUUGGGUGGCUUUCUGAGGUGGCCGCUGCACCCCCUUGUGCUGGCAAGUAGGGGACACACACGCGGGGGCGCGGUCUUCCCACAUGUAGCGUGCAGCCGGGGCUCAGCAUUUGUGGGGAUGUGCGGGUGUACGGCAGCAGGCUCCGCGGGGGAAGCGUACAGCAGAGGAUGGCGUGUUUGGCGGUUAGGGACAGGGCCACUUGCGAGUUGAUGAGUUGGGCGGGCCGCAUGGGGGUAUCGCGACUGAUGCGACCCGUGGGUCAGUGGCGGCCUGUCAGCUGACAGCAUGCGGGGACUUUGGUGGGGUUGUCGGACGUGUUGCAAAAGCAUUCAAUGGUUGAGUGGGAGUUCAGUGCGCGGCAUGGACAUCAGAAAGGUUGCGGCGGCGGAGAGUUGGAUUGAUGGAAGGAUAGCGUAUGGCGCAUGGCAACGCAGCUGGAGACCUAGGCAGUGUAUUCUCAGUAACCGGAUUUAUUUGAUGGUGUGGGCGAUAUGGUAAUGUAUGUCAAGGGCGUCAAAGUGCGUCGAAGGUUGUACGGCAGGUAGUCUGAAUCUUCCACAUGUUGAUUUUACAGUUUCAUACCAAGAUUUCGUUCGUUUAUAAGGCUACUUAUACCGGAGUUGUCGAAGAUUAAUGCCAUGCCUUGCAUGGUUCCCAAGGUUUUCUGCCAAAAUGCUAAUGUUACCACACGGGGUUAAUGUACGGGGUUGGCGCAUUGUAGCGCUAGGCCCCCCGCUUGUGUAUUGGGCAGUAUACAGGUCAUUUAAUGAAGCUUACAGG